UUUGAUAAGAUGGAGUUAUCAGGAAUUCGGUUUCCUCCUGGCUCCAAAUCUAUUUCUGCUGAUAUGAACCCUUCUGAGAUUUUGAAGUCGUUGAAACGAUGUUGCAAGUUUUUCUCCCAGUUGGAACAGGAUCAAGAUGAAGAAAAGAAGAUCUAUUUACCUUUUUGUCGAUACAUAUCAGAGAGUGAUCUCGUUCAUGAAAUAACUGAUGCCAAUGCAAGGAUUCAUUUAGGUUGUAUUUUUGCUGAUAUUUUUCGCUUGCAUGCCCCAGAAAAUCCAUUUCCAGGAGACAAAUUGAAAGAUAUUUUUUUGUUUUUAAAUGAACAAUUGAGUCUCUUACGAGAUGUUAAAUCUACCUUGUUUUCUAAAGCAUACCAUAUAUUGGAAAAUGUGGCAACUGUGAAAUCCUAUAACAGUUGCUUGGAACUUGACAAUGAAUCAGCGGAUGAAGUGUUUUGUGGACUUUUCAAAAUUUUCUUUAGCAUAGUUAAUUCCUCACAUGAUGACCAACUGAAAGCACACAUGCUCGAUAUAAUGACUUGCAUAGUUUCUGAAAGUGGAUCUGUAUCACAAAGAUUGUUCGACAAUGUUUUUGAGUGUCUUUUGGAGAAAACUAAAAAAAUGAAUCCCUCAGCAUAUGAACUUGCUCGUGAACUACUGAGGAAGACUGCUCACAAUGUUGAAGGAGUGAUCAUGCUAUUCUUUCAAAAUAUCCUAUUAGGUGAUCACCAGGAUUCAAAUCGUUUAUCUAGGAGUUGGCCGCAACUAAUAACAGAGUUGUAUAAAAUUGCUCCUACUCUUCUUGUCAACACAAUUCCUCAGAUUGAGAUGAAACUCAGAACCGAUAAUGUUCCUGAAAGACUUCAAGUUGUUCGAUUACUAAGCAGAAUGUUUUCAGAAAAGGACUCGAGCCUUUCUUCGCAGCAUACUGCACUCUGGAACAGUUUCCUCUUAAGAUUCAAUGACAUAGAUCCACAAAUCAGGGCAGUGUGUGUUAACUUUUGCUCAGAUAUGGUCAUUAAUCACGGUACUGAUGAUGCAAAGGGGAGAGAGGUUUUAUCUAAAUUGGUGGAAUUAUUGAAACUAAGAAGGCAUGACACAGAAGAAGGUGUAAGAAUUGCAGUUGUCACUACGAUCCGAGGAAUCGCUAUGAACGAUCUUAGAUUAGUAACUGAUGAAUUGCUGGAUUUCCUCAGAGAAAGAUUGCUUGACAAAAAACACAAAGUUCGUGAAACUGCGAUCAGAGCUGUUGCCGAUAUCUACAAAAAGUUUUCUGCCAGUACGAAAUCACCUAUGAUAUACCAAAGGAAGUUGGGAAUUUUCAGAAGUCAGCUUCUUCGUGUGUAUUACACCCAAAAUCUGGAUGAUUGCAUAUUGUUAGAACGCAUUUUAGUGAGCAGUCUUGUGCAAUAUAGUUUGCCUGACGAAGAGAGAAUGAAACAACUAUUUCAGUUGUACUGCACGGCAGACAAUCAUGCUGUCAAAGCGCUUGUGGAAAUGUUCAAAAAGCAGAAAAUCUUGAAAGAAGCACUAAAAGACAUUUUAAAUUCUCUUUCUUUAAAGGAUAGUGAACAAAGGAACAAGAAAUUGUGGCCAAAAAUAUUAACAUUAUCUUCCCAUUUGCAGUCACCAAUGCAGGCUCGUGAACAUAUAAAGAAAUUUGUAGCAAUUGUUCUCGAUGAUGCUAAGAUUCGACAGUGGCUGGAGUAUAUUACUGCAGAGCAAUAUACUUGUCAAAAGGUCGCACUUGCUGUCCGAGAUAUUUUAAAAAAACUUGACACAGAUGGUGUUACAAAGGUGGUACGCGGGACUGUGCAGCAGCUACUCGAAAGAGUUGUUCUUGUGACAGUUCUAAUUGAUGCACCCUCAAUGCUGACAUUGACAAAACUUGCUCGAGAUUUGCUAGAUGGAAUUUCUGACAUUGAGAACUUUGAAAGUUAUUCAGUAAAAGAAAGAGGAGUAGAUCUGCUUCAUGUAUUAGCGAAGCAUGAUCCAAACUUAUUUGCGGACAGUGAAUGCUUGGAGAUUUUUCUGUCAAUGCUGAGAGGAAAAGAUGAGUUUGCUGUUGAGAAAGCACUGCUUGUUCUUUUGAAUACUUGCCCUAUCAUUGAAGAAAAAUUUACCACAAUAAGAACUAUCUUGCUGCCUGAACUCAAAGCAAUUGCUAAAACAGGCACACCAAAACAAGCAAAAUAUGCUGUUCGCUGCAUUAAUUUAAUGACAUCUGUACGAGAAGCUCCUCUUAUGCAGGUAUUUCAACAAUGCAAAGAGAUGGCGAGUGAAGAUAGUGCACACGGCCUGAAUUUACGAACAUUGCUAACAACUUUAGGGUGUAUUGCAGAGUGUUUGCCAAAACAAGCUGGGAAAGAACUGAAAGGCUUCAUUGCUACAGUAGUUGUGAAGAAGAUCAUCAUGAAAACUAAAGCAAAAUCAAGUAGAAAGAAAAAAGAAUUGAAAUGGCUGGAAAAAUCUGAGAUUAGUGAUGAAACUGCAACUAAACUUGUAGCAAUGAAAUGCAUGGUACGGUGGUUGUGUGGAUUAAAUUCAAAUGAAUUAGAUUGCUGUGGCUCAACAUUGAGACUUCUACAACAUAUGAUGCACAAUGAUGGGGAUCUCAUGAAAUGCGGACAAAUAUCCAAACCUGAUAUGGCGCAUUUGAGGCUGAAGGCAGCGUUUUGUGUCUUACGGAUUGCUAGAUGUGAUGGCUAUAAAGAUUUGAUUUCACCUUCUGUGUUUUUAGAACUUGCCAUUCUUCUAAUGGAUGAUCUGCGUGAAGUACGCCAACAGUUUUUGGCUAAACUUCAUCAAGCAUUGUUCAAGUUCCAAAUACAUAUAUCUUUUAUGUCAUUAUUUUGUGUGAUUUCUCAAGAAAAAGUGAAGGAACACAGAGAUCAUGGUACAGCAUUGUAUAUUCAGCUGGUGAAAAGAUAUCGGGAUGUCAGCAGACGGAGUUCAAUGACUUCUAACUACAUGCACUAUGUUAUGCCUGAAUAUGUUCUGUCAUUCACUAUACAUUUGCUCGCCAAUGAUCCCGACAUUCCACUGAAAGAGGAAAUCCCUAAACCCAUUCUUUCCAGACUUAAAGAAUCUCUCAAUUUCAUGUUAGAACCACUGCUAACCAGAGACAACCCAGAAAGUUUCGGUUUCAUAAAGCGUUUGGCUGAAUUGGUCAAACGUACAAAAUUUCAGGAUGAUUCUGACAAUACUUUUCGAAACAAAACAAUGUAUCGAGUAUGUGAUCUUGUCUUGCAGUCUGUUUUGAUAAAAUCGGCACAAUAUGCUAUUGGUAUCGUUGAACCUCCAGAUGAUGCAAUGAAAAAAUUUCUACCGGCUCGAUUGUACACAAAGCUAACGUCUUCUGAAAAUCCAACCAAUUACCUUCCAGAAGCAUUUCAGAUCGAGGCCAAGCUUGUUCCAACACGUAAAGCAACAUCUGGUGAAAGUAAAAGUAAAUCGAAUGCAGCUAAAAAAUCAGCAAAAGUGCCUCUUAAAAUUGUUGCUGUUACUAAAGUUGCUGUAACUAGCCCAACAAAAAAUAGGAAUGCGGUACAACAUUCAUCAAGUUCAACAAGUAAAUCUUUGACGACGUCUUCCAGUGAUUCACAAAGAAGAGGGUCAAAGAGAAAAGUAAAACAUCAAGAUGAAGAUUAUUUAAGUUCAGAUGAAGAAAGCCUUGCAACAAAAAAGACUAAGUUGAUGCAAGCCAGAAAAACACCUAAAAAAGAUCAAAAAUCUACUAAGUCUAAGGAGAACCAGCCUAUCGUAGAGCAGUCACUGGAGGUUUCGUCUCCAUCUCAAAAAACACUUUCUACACCAUCAGAGGAUUCAUCGAUGUUAUCAUCUCCAAAUUCAUCGGUGACAGACUCCCCUAGGCCAAAACGAGCAUCUGCUGGUAGUAAGAUGUUUGAUUACCUGAGAUCCACUAAGCGUACACCAACAAAAGUACAAAAAAGUUCAGAAACAAAGAAAUUAACUGUAAAUGGCAUUGCCGACUCCAAAUCCAAAAAGAAUUUAGUUGUUGUAUUGUCAGAAGAAACAUCGGAUUCCAGGAGGCCCUCAAGAAACCGUAAAGUUAAAUAAACAUGUGGGAAUAUUUUUAAUCAAUUUGAAUAGUACAUAACUUUUGACUCACAUUUUUAUAAUAAUCGACACUAAAGCAGUUGUUUCAUGCCAUAUUUUAAUAAAUGCAAUUAUGACAAUGUUUAAAUAACAAAGCAUGAUUUGAUAAAUUUAUCAGUUUUCGUUAUGUUAUGGUUUCUAGAUCUUUUUUACAAGUGUUUUAGAUGGUUUCAACCUGCGUCAAAGUUACAGAACUGUUAAUUUAUUCCACUGGUUGUUAGAGAUGGGCAUGAUAAAUUGAUUAUUUGAUUUCAAUCUGUUAACAAGAUUUUCAGCAAUUGCCCAUAUUGUUUAAUAAACACUUAUAGUUUUCUUAAGUCAGCAGCAAUUUGUUUUAAUUUUCUGGAUUUCUUUGUUGUAAUUUUUCUAGUGCUUUCCAUUUAAAUAUUGUCAUUAUGAUGGAAUUGAAUUUCAUUCAAUCAAAGUAGCCGCAGUUUGGCUGAUUUUAUUGUUUAAGUUUUAAUUAUUUUGUGUGUUUUUAAAAUAAUUCUUCGUUUUGUUUAAAAAAGGAAUUUAAUUAUUAUUGGGAUACAAUUAGCAGGCAUUCAUUGGUGAAUAUUAACAGUGCACUACAUCAAUAUUAAUUUGGUGACUCUAUUUGUCUGUUCAUGUUCAGAUUUUAAACAAAAUACGUAUUGGAUUGAGUAUAGCUCUUGUAAUUCAGGUUUAAAUUAGGCUUUUGUGGUACAUGUUACUUUUUAACCAAAAUAUUUCAACUCUAUUUAGUGACAUGGCCUGUAUUAUUUGACAUCCAUAUUCUAAGGACUCCCAUCUGAGGCUUUAUUAAUUAAAUGUUUGCUUAUGUUCUUUUUGUACAAGAUCAUUAAUUCGGGUUUUAAUUGUUCAUAAAAUUUUUAUUUGUUUGUAUUUCAAUGUCCAAAUGUAUUUUGUGAAUUUGAUUAAAACAGUUACAGUUGGAAAACUAUUUUGUGCUGAGAAUUUCUGCUGAUCAAAUUGUUAUGUUUUUUUGUUUAUUUUAUAUAGA